AAAACGAGUCGAAAAGUCGUUUGAUGAUUUUACAAUAUACGUAUUUUUUCAGACAAAAUAUACAGUGACAUACAUACAAUGUCAAGUAUUUAAUUUGUGACAAAAAAUUGCAUCAUAUUUGCUUAAGAAAUAUACAUAUAUCAUAUUAAAAGAAAAGACUCGGUCUUCGAUUAUCCAUGCCUGCCUUGAGUGCGUCAUCACUCGGCGCCUGUAAGGAAAUGGCAUGCAGCCUGAACCCGCAUGAUUGUGUAAACAUUUGAGUUUCCCUGGCAAGAUUGAGCUCAAAUGGCACCAGCAGAUCAAAAAAUGAAAAACGAGAAGUUCUCCCCGAAAGAUGGCAACUGGAAGAAGUCAAAAAAUAACGUCCAGGCUUUCAAGCAUAAGAGGAAAUGGGUCCCCGAUCAAAAAGUAUAUGAAGGCAGUAUUAAAGAAGGUCAGGGGUUUGCUUUAAAGAGGAAGGAAAAAGUCAAGCAUGAGUACAACAAGCUGCUGCGAAAGGAGAGGCAGAAACACCCAGAGUCCAAAGCUCUGUACAAGGAGGAGUACCCUGAACACCUCAAGCAUCUCUACGUGGCCGAGGCCCAGAAACUGAAGAGCGAAGCCUGGACCCAUCGAUUGAACAGGACAAAACUGCGAAUUACAGAGCGAGACAUGAAAGAAGAGAGCGGUGAAGGCGCCGAUGGAGAUGAUGAUGAUGAUGAUGAUGAUGAUGAUGCUGCUGCUGCUUCUACUGAACCAGAUCCAGAAGCUACUGAUGCAUCAGAGCUGACAGACGCUGGCACUGGGAAUCCGGAAUCCAGUGCCGCCGCAGAGAAAGACGGUCUUCCAAUGAGCAACCGCAUGAGGAAGAAAUUGCUGAAGAAGACGUCCUACCAGAAGACGAAAGAGGAAUUUGAGGCAAUCGCAAAAAAACGGAGAGACAAGAAAGAGGAGCAUCUGAAAAACAGCAAGCAGCGAGAAGAAGCCAUUCAGAAGUACAAAAAGAAGAAGAUGGAGACUUUUCAGAUGCUGAAGAAGAAGACCAGGAAAGGACAGCCCAAUCUGAACCUCCAAAUGGAGCAUUUGCUUCAAAAGAUCACCCAAAGAACUGGAAAAUGACUCCCGAGUCAGAGCGGAUAGAAUUAUUGGGAAAAGAGUUGACCGUUACUUCUAUUCAACUCUCUGUAUCGAGUCUGUUGCAAGUGAAAACCGAAGGAGGAUUCAAAUUGUGCUUUUCAUGAAAACAUAAAUUGUAUCAUUUUUAGACUCGGACCACAAGAUGGCGUCGUAAGACACAGAGAUGGGAAAAAUGCUGAUGGAAGACUUUUAUUAAUCACAAAAACUUUUUCUGUAAAUCGACACACCCCAGUUGUAUUUUAUUACCAUGAACCCAAAUAUUCAUCUCAUAUGCUGUCAUUUGGCAAAAGUAAAAAAAAACUGAAAAUCCAAAAAAAAAACUAUUUUAUUUGUAAUAUUCUGGUUUAACUUUGGUAGUGCCGAGCUGUGAGGAUCCUUUUUUAAAGUAAUAAAGCUGCUGUAAAUAAAACAAUAAGAAUUGA